GCCAGCCCCACAGUGACCCUUUCUGGGAACGUUCUUCCCAUCGCCCUCAUCGGCGCCUCAUCAGCCUGGAUCCCCGACUUCACACACCCACGCCCUUCUUCCUCAGCCGGCUCUCUCUCAUGAGCCUCAUGUUGGUCUGUGCCAAUGUGCCGAAGGUGGCAGGUAACUUCCUAUCUGGCAGGACAUCCAUCUGCUUUGGGGGUUGUGGCAUGCACAUUGGCCUCUUCGUCUGUCUUGUGGGAUCUGAGGGGCUCUUGCUGGGACUCGUGGCUUAUGACCGCUCUGUGGACAUCAGCCACCCACUUCACUAUCCCAUCCUCGUGAAUCAGGGGAUCUGUCUCCAGAUUGCUGGGAGCUCCUGGACCUCUGGGAUAAUAGAUGGCUUGAUCCAGACGGUGGUAGUAAUGACCUUUCCCUGCUGCGGCUUGAGGGAGGUAAACCACUUCUUCUGUGAGGUGCUAUCUUUGUUGAAGCUGGCCUGUGUAGACACAUCUCUUUUUGAGAAGGUGGUAUUUGUUUGCUGUGUCUUUAUGCUUCUCUUUCCCUUUUCCAUCAUCAUGGCCUCCUAUUCUCGCAUCCUGGGGACUGUGCUCCGUAUGUGCUCUGCUCAGGCCCAUAAAAAGGCUCUGGCCACCUGUUCCCCCCACCUGACAGCUGUCUCCCUCUUCUAUGGGGCAGCCAUGUUCAUCUACCUGAGACCCAGGUGCUACCGGGCCCCUAGCCAUGACAAGGUGGUCUCUGUGUUCUGCACAGUCCUUACUCCUAUGCUUAACCCCCUCAUUUAUAGCUUGAGGAACCAUGAGGUGAUGGGGUCACUGAGGAAGGGGCUGGACCAUUGCAGGACUGGCAGCCGGCACUGA